AUGGACCCCUCCACAACCCAACACCCCCGCAAACCACCCCACCCCCCACCCCUCUUCACCACAACACCAACAAAAAUCAUCACCACCAUCAACAACCUCGUCGCCACCUACCAACAAGCCCAAGCCCAAAUCACAUCCGCCGUCUCCACCCCGGACGCAACCUACGCAAACGUCCUCCUCCCCCUCGCCCAGGCCGAAAACGCCCUCUACUCUCAAUCCGCCCUCCUCCUCUUCCACAACGCCGUCGCCCCGUCCCCAGAAACCCGCCAGGCCUCCGCCCAGGCCCGCGCCACCCUCCGCGACGUGGAGCUCGCGUCCGCCACGAACGAGGCCCUCUUCGCCCUCGUCGACGCCGUCUACGACGAUGCCGCCGAGACGCGCUACCUGAACCCGGAAGCCAAAAACUUUUUGACAAAAAAACACAAGGAAUUCGUCAACAACGGGCUCCGGAUCCCCCCCGGCCCGGACCGCGAUCGCUUCCGCGCCAUCCGCGCCGAGAUUGAGACGCUCACGUCCGAGUUUGCCAAGAACCUCGCCGAAGCCGACGUCUCGCUCUGGUUCACGCCCCGCGAACUCGAGGGCUUCCCACCAGACGCCCUCGCCCGCCUCGAAGCCGGGGACGAAGCCGGAGACGAAGCCGGGGACGGCGGAGAAAACGCAGGCAAACUCCGCAUCAGAAUCCCCCUCCACCUCGCCCAACUCCUCCGCACCGCCCACCGCCCCAACACGCGCCGCCGCGCCCGCCGCGCCUACGACACCCGCUGCCCCGAAAACGUCCCCCUCUUUCGGCGCGUCAUCCGCCUCCGCCACGAGGCGGCCCGCCUCCUCGGCUACCCGGACCACGCCAGCCUCAGCACCGAGGACAAAAUGGCCGGCACCCCAGCGCGCGUCGACGCAUUCCUCUCCUCGCUGCGCGCGAAACUCGUCGAGGGCGGGCGCGUGGAAAAGGAUCGCCUUCUCCUGCUCAAGCGGCGGGACGUGGAGGAGGAGAGGGGUGAGAUUUAUGACGGCAAGUUAUAUGUCUGGGAUACCCCGUACUACAACAAUGUGGUGCUGCGGGACGGGUACGCAGUCAAUCACGAAAAGGUGGCAGAGUAUUUCCCGCUGGGGCCGACGGUGGAGGGCAUGCUGGGCAUCUUUGCGCGGUUGUUUGGGAUGGACUUUUGCGCGAUUGACAGCAAGGAGGAGCGGGACGCGUUGUCGGUGACGGGUAACGGCGACGAUGUCGUCUGGCAUGAAAACGUACAACUAUUUUCCGUCUGGGAUUCUGCUGGUGAAGGCGGCGGGUUCCUCGGGUACCUCUACCUCGAUCUCUACCAGCGUGACGGGAAAUACGGGAACCCUGCCAACUUCAGUCUCGUCCCCGGCUUCAUAAACCCAGACGGCACCCGUACAUACCCUUCCACAGCCCUCAUCUGCGCCUUUUCCCCUCCCCCAUCCCCAGCAUCUCCGACUCUACUAGGACACGCCGACGUGACAACCCUCUUCCACGAACUAGGCCACGCAAUCCACGACCUCGUCUCCCGCACCCUCUUCGCGCGCUUCCACGGGCCCAUGGGCACCGUCGUCGAUUUCGGCGAAGCCCCCAGCCAGAUGCUCGAGAACUGGUGCUGGGCGCCGGAGCAGCUGAAGGGUCUGGGCCGGCACUACUCCUAUCUCUCGGAGGACUGUCUAAAAGCCUGGCGUGAUAACCAGCAGCAGCAGGAGCAGCAACAGCAGCCGCCGGAACGGAUCCCUGAUUCCGUCGUCGAGGGCCUCGUCAACGCGAAACGCAUCGGCCAUGCGCUGAGUACACUGCAGCAGCUCUUUAUCAGCAUAUUUGACAUGGCGGUGCACCAGCUGACCGGGACCGUCAACACCAACCCGCCGCAAGAGGGAGCUGCCGCCUCCGCCGUCGCCGGGGAGGGGGAGACCGCCGUCGACUUCACGGAGCUCUGGAACAGACUCCGACGGGAAAUUGUCCCGACCGAUGACCCCCCCUUCCUGCCAGGUGACGACGUCAACUGGGCCCACGGGUACACCAACAUCGGACACUUGAUGGACGAGUACGAUGCCGGGUAUUACGGCUACUUUUUCUCAAAAGUCUACGCACAAGACAUCUUCUCGACAGUUUUUGAAGCAGACCCCAUGAGCGCGGAAGCAGGCCGCAAGUACCGGUACGGCGUCCUGGAGAAGGGGGGCGGGCAGCCCGAGAUGAAGACCCUGUUGGACUUUCUUGGUCGCGAAGUCUGCAUGGAGCCUUUCUAUGAUGAAUUAGGGCUAUCUUGGUAA